GGCUUUGGUUUAUAUCGUGAUUUGGAGUUGGAGCCGCCUAGGUCCUGUAGCUUACGUUAAUUAAAUGUAUUCAUACUGGUUUAACAGAGAUCAAGAGUGGCGUAUAAACCUCAAAAGAUUUCAUAUUCGAAUAGGUGUCAAGCACAAUUGAAAUACCUUAAUAACAAGUUGAUCAUUAAUUUUCAAAGUAACUGCGUUUUACAGUUAUUCGGAAGAAACCUAAUCAUGCUUUGUCAGUUCAGAGUAAAAGGCAGUUUGUCGAAAUGAAUAGUUUGUCGAUCCUCACGUUUUUAUAAUGUACAGGAUACUUUAUGCCUUUAAGGAGAUGGUAUGUGGUUUUACUACGUUAUCGAAGUACUGAGAUUUAUCAAUGUACCUUUGCAGUAGUAGCGUUUGAUCACCUGUCGACGCGUAUCUCAAAUGGGCCAAAACAUUUUCAACAGUAAGCGAGGAAAGCAAGCAGAUUGUGAUUGUAAAUUUUGACUUGAUUUCAACAGAUCAACGCAGGCAUUCAGUUCUUUGUUUCCGCAAAUAUUACUUUAAAUAUAACUAAGCUAUCGGCAUACUAGUAUUCGAUACAUAUUCAGUAUUUAAAUAGUUCGUUCUACGUUAUCAUAUAGAAUGGAAUAUCGAUGAUACAAGCUCAAAAUAGUUAAUUAUUCCGUAAGACCAUAAUCGCGCACUUGAUAUGUGCUGAGUUCUGUUUGGUCUGGUGACCAUGAGCGAUGUACGUAGGCACAAUAAGGAAUAACUAAUAUUCUUUUAGAUCCAUUUAAUAUCCAAAAUGUAGAAAUGCAGCGUGUAUUAAUUAAAAAAAAAGACUUUCUAAUAAUAUCUAUUUUGCAUUUUUAGACGAUGGAACGGUCGGGUUCUCACGCCCCACCACCUUUGGCAACGGCAGCGGUUGUUGACUUGAAAAGCAGUGGGGCAAGUUCGCUACUUAGAAAAGUUCACUUCCUCCAGCAGAGUGACAUGAGUACGAAGCCAUCUUUGAACCGCGGCUCUCUUAAAGUACGAGUAGUAGUUUCUUCCGUUGUGUCGUUUUUGCCAGUAGUAGUCAUUCCUUCGGAGCUGACAUUCAUUGCCGACGACCCUUCAACGCACAAACAGACGGUGACUAUCUAUAACUUUUACGAUUUUUACAUCAAAUAUAAGGUCUUUUGUACCUCCCCGUCAAAGUAUCAGAUGCCGGAUUGGAAUGGGAACAUAAGCCCAAGCGCAUGUAAGGAUGUCACCAUCCGGAUGACGGAAAUCACUGAAGCAAAUGUCGGAGUGACCGAUAAGUUCCGUAUCGCAAUUUCGGAAUUCGCUUCGUCAGUCGAACAGAGGCAGGGGGAACGCGAGAUCCGCUCGAUGUUGGUUGCGUCUAAAGGAUCGCUUGCGGAAGUACAUGAGGCACACAAGAAUAUUCGCCAACCGUUGUGGCAUCCUUCUGCUAAGCAGACAUUAACUGCUUCCACGAGCAUGAAGCCAACUGAACGACUGGAGGAUCGCCGCCUUGAUCAAGGACAAGGACCGAGUUAUUUCGUGUUGCUUGUGUUGGGGGUGUGCAUUGCGAUGCUGCUAAUGCCUAACUCGGAAGCGGAAUGUAGUUCACGCGAUGACAACUCGUGGGUCGCCACCUACAUCACGUUGACGCACAACCAGAAGUUAAUCGCCGCUUACGUUCUUGGACUCAUAACAAUGAUUCUGUUUCGUUCCUGCUAGGUAGGGCACAUUUUUGCGUUUUCAAUGGACGCACUCAUUUUGUCAAUGGCAGAAACUAUUCCUCGUAAAAGAUAAAGCAAUGACAAUAUUGUAUUUUUAUUGGUAAUACCAACUGGCCUGUGGUUUAUACUCUAGGGUACAUAAAAAAUAUGAGAAAUACAGCUUUCAUAGAAAAGCAGCCAAAAAGCUAGCUACCUAAUUUAGCAACUCAGGGGAAUAUUAUUAAAUAUCAUGUUUUAUCAUCAUCAUCAUUAUGAUACAGAAGACACUAGAUAAAAACGAAUUGCAGCAACCUUUAGUAGAUAAAAAAGAAAGCUAACUAUGAACAGGUUCGUGGUGUAUUUAGUCAUGUACAUUGCGGUCUCUACCAUUAGAAGUUGCUGCUAAUAUUAUGGAAGUGUUUGCUAUCUCCAGCUACUUGAUACUUAGAUGAAGAAAACCAUGCAUAUGUGAUAUCCCGUGUCAUCAGUUGCAAAAUAUUCGCCAAACAGAGGCGUCCGCCUUACAGUGGAGAUCGGGUCUGAUGCGAGCUGGUAAAUGUCUGCUCUCACCUACAGUUAACACUGCCUGUACAAGGAAAAAUCUCUGCAAUGAACAAUAGCUCGUUACUAAACAUAAACUAAAUGCAAUAACAGGAGCGGUACUACUAUUAGUGACAGAGAAGAAUA